AUGUACUCACAACACUCAUCAUUUAGGUCUUCAUCACCUGAAAACCAUGAGCCAUCUACCACAAACACAUACGAUUUAUCAUUUCAUCCUGUUCAUUUACAAAAUUCAUUUAUUUCUCAACAGCGAUAUUCUCAAAGAAUGGGAUCUUUAUAUAAACGAAACCAUCCAUCAACUCCAUUAUUUUAUAAAUUGUCAAAGUCUGUACCUUCUCAAGAUAUUAUAAGUCAUAAUGGGGUUUGUGUUGGUAAUGAUAAUGAACUACCAAUUGUUGCUAUAUUUCCUUGUGAUUCAGCAUCAUUUAUAACUGCAUUCCCUGAUGCUCAAGAAGUUCAUCCAAAUGGUCCAGUUAGAGGAAUACCAAUUCGUUGUGGAAGUAUAUGGAAAAAGGUAGAGAGAUUAGAUGAGUUAAUGGAGCUUUCUAAGCCAAGAGAUAUUAAUGAUGCUGAUUGGUGUAGAUAUGUUCAUUUGUUUUGUAUUUAUUGUGGAAAAAGAUAUACCUCAUUGUGGAGUCUUGAAAAUGACUGUGGUGGUCAUGACCAUUCAAAAGAAGAUGGAAGAUGGAAAGAAAUUGAUAUUAGUAAUAUUGAGAGAGCAAAAAAGGGAUUUGAUCAAAUGAAAUGUGUUGAUGAAAUAAUGAAUUCAGUAACAGAAGACAAUACAUUUGAAAUAAAUGAAAAAAUAACAAAAGAACCAAAUAAAGAAGGAGUUGUUGAUUUCAACCAAUUUUUAAAUAAUAAUCCUGAUGUACUAACAAAAACAUUUGAAUGUAAAUUGUGUCAUCAACAAUUUACUGGACAAGACCGAUUAAAUCAUUUUAUGAAAGACCAUCAUGAAAUUUAUGAUGAUAUUGUUGGUGUAUUUUGGAAAAGAAAUUUAAAUGAAAAAGAGGAUUGGCAUUCAUCUUUUUAUCAAGACCGUCGGGAGAGAAGACGUAGUCCAAGAAGAGGAUUUGAAAAUAGAAUAGAAAGAAGAUGUGAAGGAAAUGAGGGGUUGUUAGAUGAUAUUAAAGCACCUCCAGCAUCUUAUUUAAGUUUUUUAGAAAAAUUGAAUUGA